AUGCCUCAUUUCAAAGAAGGAGACAAGGUCAAUUACAAGCCGGUCGGCGGCCCGCAAUCCAGAACCAGCAUGAGCGUCGGACUCGUUCGUGAAAUCCUGGGGGGCCGCAGUUCGUCAGAUGAGGAGACACGCUAUACGAUAGAGAACUUGCACACCCACAAGACCUCCUCCAUAAAGGAGAGAAACAUCGAGGGACCGGCGGAGUAA